CAUACACAGACGACCAAUUUCAAGAAAUCCCAGCAAGGAUUAUACCUACUACUCGUAAACUCUUAUUAUAUUUAGCGUUUAGCACAAGACCAACAACCAUGCAAUAAUGGCCACCGCCAUGGUAUCCGAGCCACCAGCAGCACCAGCAGCAGCAACAACGCACUCCGCCAACCUCCGCGCGGAGCUGAAGGAAUGGGAGAGGGCGUUUGCCGAUGCCAACGGGGGCAGAAAAGCCGAUCGAGGGGAUAUCAAAAAGGUUCCUGAAAUUGCCGCCAAAUACAAAGAAUACUCGCGCCUCAAAUCCCUCGAGUCCUCCUCCGCCAAGAACAACAGCAGCAACAACAACAACAAGAAGACAGAAACGACAGAUGAGAACCUCGACAAGAAGAAACGAAAACACACCUCCCCCCAUGGCCCAGACACUGCGCUAAAUCUCUCCACCCCACGGAAACAAAGGCUGCCCGCCGGCAAGGGCGCAACAGGGAAGGCGUUUGAGACGCCAUCCAAAAAGCCGAACAUAAAUCACCCGGCGGAAGUCGAUCCCUACGAUUCCCCCUCCGUUCUUCGGCGGUUGUUCAGCCCGAGCACGCAUCUCUCGCCCCUGAAAGCGGCGAUCGGGCCGACACCCCAGCGCGAUGGGAAGGCGUUAGGGCUCUUUGAUCUUUUGUCUGAGUCCGGGGGCAGUACGGCUACGCCGUCGGCGGUAAGGAUGGCGGGGUUGAAGGAUGCGAAUGUGCAGACGCCGUCGAGGCGGGGGAGGAGGAAGAGGAAGACACUGGAUACGAUUGCGGAGGAGGGGGAGGAGGACGAGGGCGAGGAUGAUGGUGAUAAUGAUGAUGAGGAUGAUAGUUCGCGGUUGGGGAGGACUCCGACGUCUUCGGGGAAGAAGUGGAUGUUGUCGACGCUGUUUGCGACGCCCACGACCUGGCGGUAUGCGACUAUGAUGGAUGAUGGGUUGAAGAAAGGGGGAACAGAGGCGGUGGGUAUGGGAGGAGCAGAGGGAGGCCCAGCGACGACGGCGGCCGCGGGGGAGCCGAACGAGUCAGGGACCCCCUCGUUCCUGCGACGGUCGACGUCGGGACGGUACGACAGUUCGAAUUUUACGGGGGGCCUGAGUCCGAUGGCUGCGCGACAAAGACCUUCGUUCAUUGGGAAAGGGCUCACGGCUCUGGUGCAGAGUCUGCGGGACAUGGAAGAGGAGCAGAUGCAGGAUGAUCUGGACGUUCUGAGAGAGAUUGAGGCCGAGCAGGCGGCCAUGAACGCUCAGGUGGCCGAUAGCCAGGCCGCCGCGGAGAAUCAGGGUGGUCCGGUCUGGAAGAAGAAGGGUCAAAAGCGGACGACCCGCAAGGUGCGCAUGAAGCCAGUGGUCUCGACAUCGACACAAUCCGCCCCCGAACCCGCGUUUCUUGCCGAGGAUGAUGAGGGCAACCGUCAUGGUGGUCCAGAUGAGGUCGCCGCCGUCCCUGAGACUCAGCGGCCACGGCUAGGCCCUGGUGCCCUGGAUAACAGCCACAUGGAUAUUCCUGAUCUGGAUGACCUCAACUCGCUGCACACCAUGUCAGAUCCGGACUUCUCAGACUUCGACCCAGAGUACGAUGAAGAUGCUCAGCCUCGGGAGAAAAGCAAGAGCUUCUCCGAAAAGAUGAAAGAGGCUAUCGCGGCCGGCAAACCGCCGGCCCCAGAGAAUCCAGAGCAGCCGCCACCACAACGACAGGCGCAAGUGAAGGAUGCCGAGCCCAGCAAGCCUCGCGCGCGCAAGGUCAACCCGGAAGCGCAUGCUAAUUACCGGUCCUUAAAAAUUCGGAAUAAGAACUCCAAGGGACGAGGCGCUGGGCGUUUCGGCAGGCGGCGAUAAAACACCAACCUACAGAUCACGAGCCAUGAUUACCCCCAUAGCGUAUUCUUCUAGCCGCGUUUCAAGAUACCAGUCUUGCCAUUCAUACAUUUGUCUAUAGCAUGCAUCAUUCAUAGUAUAUGCUACACAUCAUCCAUAACUCCAC